CAUCAGGACAGCUGUAGCAUGCUAGCGUGCGAAGAGGCUGCGUAGCUAAGCUAAAACUUCCGCUAUUUCAGAUGUGUACAUAAUCGAUCCUGCUUAUUAACCUUUCUCGUAACGAAGUCUGAAGAGUCGUGGCUAUAACUUGCUUCAGUGACAUAUCGAUAGCAAACAGGCAGAGUAACUGUUACCCUGUCAGCUGGCUAACAGAGCCGGCUAAUAACUCGGUGCACCGCGGGCUGCAUGGUGUCGCCGAGCUAACCUGCGCUAAACUAUCCUCAUCAUCUUAAUUUAACGAAGCUUCGUGUUUGUUUGUCUUUCCUUCGCAGUGUCAAACAGUUAUUUUACGUGUUAUUUCACGUGCUAAUGUCGGAGAUACUGUCAAGUUGUAUUUUUAUUUGCUAAUACUAGAAGAUUGAUUUGUAUACCAGUGUGGACGGAAAGUAACCUUAAAUCAGACACACACGGUUAGAUUAUGUCAUCUUCCGUCAUUACUGAGGAUCUUCUUCUUUUGAUUGGGUUUAUUGGCGGUUGACAACCUGCUUAUGAGCUGGAAGGAAGACUGAGAAUCCUCACAGCCAUGUUAGCCUUCAUGGUCUCAAUCAGUGGUGUCUUGUGCUAGGUGCGUUCGACAUGGUAAAUACCGCAUGUGUAUUAUUGAAUAAUUAGCCUAGAGUAAAGUUUGGCUCAAACUGAAAAGUGAUCAAGUUUUUCAUUAGUUGCACGUUAAAAAGCUCGGCUGUGUUGAGCAUAUGGAGUCGGAUGUGCUUUCAUUGUCAGUUUGUGCUGCUGCUGCCACAUGACGAAGUUCAGCCUCUGUCCUGGUGAAGUCGUUUGUCCUCUGGCAUGUGGAAUGAGGCUAACAGUGUAGCACAAGCAGGAAGGCCCUGGGAGCCACAUCUCACUACCAGCAACAAGUGCUAAAGCAAAUUAUCUUCAGUGUACAAGGUGUUUUUAAUAUUGUGGAGAUGGCAAACAUAAGUUUGAAGUAGCAACUAAUACAUUAUUGACUUGAGCGAUGGCAGCAUUGAAUGUAUUACUAUUGUUGGUGCUCUGCAGUCUAAAGGGUCACUGAAAGGACUUAAAGUUUAAAGAGCAGGUGCCCUCAAGAUGUUGCCAUAGAGAGCAUAUGGUCAGUCUGGCUGGUUGAGGUGUGGAGGGGACACCACAAAACCAUGCCAGGAUUUCCACUGUCCUGAUUAAGCCUCCACAUCAUUCAUGUUCAUCCCUGGAUUGUAGCUACAAUUAUGGUGACGCUUCUCACAGAGCAGCUUCGUAAGCAGAGUCUGGAGGAGCCUUAUCACAAGGCUUUCUCAUUCAGCGUGAAAGCGUCAUUACCAGCAGUGGGCUCCAGUCCCACUCUUUCCUGGAGUGCUGGUAGAUCAAGACGAGAGACUAGCUUAGCCACCUACUCAUCAUUGAAAGGACAACAUCCAGCUGAAUCCUGUGGACAUGGUUCCCUUAGGCCUACUUCCCACUCUGGAGUACAUCUCCAGAGCAUGAAAGUUUCCUUCACAGAUGAGGCUCUCCAAAGCUCACCUCCACCACCACCUCCCAAACGCCACUGUCGGUCCCUUUCUGUUCCAGAGGACCUGUUUCAAUGCCGCUCUGCCUGGCAUCCUAGUGCAUCCAAGGUUUGGACCCCAGUCAAACGUGGCUGCCAAAGUGGAGGAGCAUCUAGUUCAGGCUCUGCUGCCAGCUCUUUGCCACUUUGUGGUCCCAAUUCCUCUUUCACCUCUUCCUCUCUUCACUCAUCUUCUAGCCCAACCUUUUUUAGCUUAGCGCUCUCCUCUGACUCUCCACUUCCAUGGAGCUUCCCAUGGGACCCCUGUGAUACACUGAAAGGAGCUUGCUCUGCUUCCUUUGCUACUCCUUCCUCCUGCUCCUCUUCACCAGCCCCCCUGAUUUCUCAUUCUGUGCUCCAACGUCGCUUCUCACUCUCUCCAGUGCACAUUCAGGACACCCCUGUUGUGCUCCUGCCGCUUCGGCCCUCCCUUGCUUCAGCUGUGACAUAUAGCUGUUCUGGCAUGGAGCACCCAGCCCUGUCUCAAUCGCCUACUUCAGCCUGUAGUACACCAACUUCUUCCAGGCGUGACAUUCAUCCACCGCUGCCGCGAUGCCACUCUCAGCCCUGUGACAUGCGCAAACCUCGAUUGAAGAGGCGCCAUGAUGCAGAUGUUCUUCCCUAUACUAGACCAGGCCUGGACUUCAGCAAAAUGACACAGAUUGGUAAUUGUGAGAGCCUAGCAUGUGGCACAGGUGGCUGCAUAGUUCCAGUGUCGUCCCAGGCAGAGCAAUGCUCAGCCUUCUCCCCUGCUGACUUCCUGGGACGAGGCAGCAUUGGACCACUAAGUGAAAGUGAAGAAGAGGAUGAGGAAGACGAAAGAAAAAGAACUGUGAUAGAUGGAGGACAGAAGAUUGUUUUUGAAAGAGACUGCACAGAACUGGACUUAACCCUCAUAGAAGAAAACUGACGACUUGUUGGUGCUCUCCAUGUGAUUAGAGAAUCCAUAACCAUGUAAAGCACACUAGUAGGCUUUGUGUGCUCUUCAGGCAGAAUCCUUGGGAACCUUUUGCCCACCAAUGGCUUACCUUCACAGGUUGUAAUGAAGAACCAAACAUUUUGGGUUAUCUAAUAUAAAACUACAAGGUGAUGAUUGUAACCCUUGAGCACUAGUUCUCUGAUCAACAUUUCAUGAAAUGUCAGUGCCUGCCAAUUCAACACUCCAUAGGGAAAUGUGCAUGAACGAAUAAGCAAGUUUUCAUGUGCGGUUUUUUUGGCUAAUAUUUUAUAUUGAUAAGUCUUAAUUAGUGUUAAUUGUUGGUAUGCCUUGAUAUGUUGCAGAUCCUUAUCAAAUAUCAUCACAUAUUGCAGUAAUUUGCAAUAUUAUUUGCUCACAUGUGGCACAUGAAAUACACACUUAAGUCAGACUAAAUGGAAUUAAGGUGUGCAUUUGUCAGUGUCCAUCAGAUACUUAUGGGUAAUUAGUCUACAUAAGUGUGUGGUUCUUUGAAUUUGGUCUUUUGAAGUGUUGAACCAAAUAUUACAAUGCAUAAUUCAAAAUGGUAUGCAGGCACGGCAAGCAUAAAGAUACUGUCCAAUAUAGAACCAUAUAAAUGAAUAUGGUGCAUGAUUUGUGUGUUCUGCAAUCAGACAGUGCCACAAUGACUGCCGUGGCGACUCACUAUUACCACUUUUUGAUCUUGGCACAACUGCUUCCUAGAUGUUUUAAAAAAGAAAAAGCCAAAGAAAGACGGGUAAAAUUACGAAACUGCGCAUUCUCUGGGAAUUCAAAUGUCCCUGAGUCAGCAGAAACUGGUUUUGUAGAGAUGUUUCAACUCUCAUCCAAGCUUUAGUUCUAGAACUGAAGAAGCCUCUUCAAGGAGAAGUAAAACAUCAAGAAAUCUGCGAGUCCAAUGGCUACGGAUUCAAUGACAUUUGGAGUACUAUGACCUGGAUGAAUAAGAGUCUACACAUACACUCUUGGGAAGUUUGCAUUGAUGCCACUGCAACAAUGUUGGCUUGCUUACUGUCAGUAUUUCACCAGAUAUGUCUAUAUUAAUGCUCUGGUCGAACAAUAUACAUUCCAAGAUUUUGCUGCAGUUCUUAAAUUCUCUCUAACACACACUCAUACACACACACAUAAUUAAUGAAUUCAUUACAUCAUCAAAGAGAAGGCUGUCAGAUAGGAAUAAACCUUCUUCCCUUAAAUGUAUUAUUUUCUCUGGAGCCUUUUAAAUAGCUUGGAUUAAUGCACCACAACAGCAGUCUUACUGAUGAUACUAUAAACUGACCAUGCCUUAAGCUUAAUAUACAGAGUUCUUGGGGCUGUGGUCUUUUCACAGCCAGACAUUUUUGCAACCUCCAUUUGUGCUGAUUCAGAUAUUUUUGAACAAAUAGUACAUGCACUAUAAUUGUCAGUUGAAUAACUGAACUGAUGCUGCAGCUGGACUUAAAAGGGCACAAUGAAAUGUAAUGUACAGUGGUUUGAGUAAGUACACAUGUUGAGCCAUUUCUAUGAGUGACAAAGAUGGUGGUGACAUAGAUGAUUUGGUGGCCUUUCAGAAAUGAUUUUUCAUGUGUUUUCAGAUGGAAAUAUUCCUGUUGCACAAUUUAUGUACAAAUAAACUUUAAUAGAGAAUGAUAA